AUGAAGCCACCAUUCUUGGUGCUCUCUGUGUGUCUGCUAUGGUUGAAAUAUUGUCACAGUGCACCUACUUGGAAGGAGACAGCUGCUACGGCUGGCAACCUGAAGGGUAUGUUUGAGAUAGGAGAGGCAGAUGCAGACGGAGAGGUGAAGAAGGCUUUGAUUGGCAUUAAGCAGAUGAAAAUCGCGAUGGAAAGGAGAGAGGAGGAACACGCCAAACUGAUGAAAACCUUGAGGAAAUGCAAAGAAGAGAAGCAGGAGGCCCUGAAACUCAUGAACGAAGUGCAAGAACGUCUGGAGGAAGAAGAAAAGUUAUGUCAGGCAUCUUCUGAAGAUUCUUGGGAUGGAUGCAGGCCAUGUUUGGAAAGUAACUGCAUACGAUUUUAUACAGCUUGCCAACCUGGUUGGUCCUCUGUGAAAAACAUGAUGGAGCAAUUUCUUAAGAAGAUAUACCGAUUUCUGUUUACCCACAGUGAAGACGUAAAGGAUCCCCCUGCUGUAGAAGAGUUGACUAAGGAAGACUUACAAGUGGUACAUAUAGAGAACCUGUUCAGCCAGCUGGCUGUGGACGUGAAAUCUCUGUUCAACAUGAGUUUUUACAUUUUUAAACAGAUGCAGCGAGAAUUUGACCAGGCCUUUCAGUUAUACUUCAUGUCCGAUGUGGACUUAAUGGAGCCAUACACCCCAGCUUUGUCUCAAGAGAUAACCAAAAAGGAAGAACCUGGGCAAAGAUGGGACGUGCCUAGUGUCUUCCAGCUGUUCCAUAAUUUCAGUCUGUCUAUAUAUGGAAGAGUCCAACAAAUAAUAACGAAGACAGUCGGUGCAAUUGAAGAUUCAUGGCAACCACACAAAGGGUUAGACCAGAGAGGUAUGACUUCAGAGAUGUUACCUGAGAGAAAUGGAGAAAUGUGUGAGGAAUUUGCCAAGAAUUUAUCUGGAUGUUUAAAAUUUCAUAAGGGAUGCCAAGAAUGUCAUCAUUACCUAUCUGAAGACUGCCCUGAUGUACCUGAACUACACAUAGAAUUCCUUGAGGCCUUGAAAUUAGUCAAUAUAUCCAAUCAGCAAUACGAUCAGAUUGUCCAGAUGACCCAGUAUCAUCUGGAAGACACCACAUACCUGAUGGAGAAGAUGCGGGAGCAGUUUGGAUGGGUGUCUCAACUGGCAAGCCAUAACCCACUGACUGAAGACAUCUUUAAUUCAACAAAGUUACAAGCAACUAAGAUCAACUCAACUAAAAAGUGGGGCAGGGGAGGUUACUGUGCAAGGGUGAAUACGUCGAUCCUGCACGGGCAGAGCGAGGACCCGGUGUUCAUGGAGGCGGGCGCUAAGGACACAGGCUCAAUGAACUGCCUCUGA